UGUCUGCAGAUUCAAUGCUUUCCACGUGGCUCUGGGUGUGACCCACAAGGGGCAGGGUAGUGUGCCAGCUGUACGCCUCUGCUGGCAUUGUCAGGGCUGUGAUGUACAGUUAUCACACUGGAUUGUGUCUUGGGAAGGAAAGCUGCUUUGUGUUUGGUUCUGCAUAGAUCCUGCCUCAUCAAGUAGUGCAUAGUCAAAGCUGCUGGAAAACAUGGCACUCAGUGCUGCGUUUAAAGCCAUCACUAAAACCCCGGGGCUUCUUAUUUGGAGAAUUGAGAAAAUGGACCUGGUGCUGGUGCCACAGAAAGCUCAUGGGAACUUCUAUGAAGGGGAUUGCUACCUGCUGCUCUCCACGAGAAAAUCAGGCAAUUCCUUGUUUUAUGACAUCCACUACUGGAUUGGAAAAGACUCCUCCCAGGAUGAGCAGGGCUCAGCAGCAAUCUAUACCAUCCAGUUGGAUGAUUUUCUAGGCGGCAGCCCAAUACAGCAUCGGGAGGUCCAAGGGCACGAGUCAGAGUCCUUCAAGGGGUACUUCAAGCAAGGAAUCAUUUACAAGAAGGGGGGAGUUGCAUCUGGCAUGAGACAUGUGGACACCAACACAUAUGAUGUGAAGAGACUACUACAUGUCAAGGGAAAAAGGAAUGUCACAGCCACUGAGGUGGAGUUAAGCUGGAGCAGUUUUAACCUAGGUGAUGUGUUUCUACUGGACCUCGGCAGAAUUAUCAUUCAGUGGAACGGACCUGACAGCAACAAAGCAGAGAGAAUGAAGGCAAUGUUGUUAGCUAAAGACAUACGUGACAGAGAAAGAGGAGGCAGGAUGGAGAUCGGAGUGGUUGAAGGGGACAAUGAGAAAGCAUUUCCAGAAUUAACAAAACUUCUAACAAGCACGCUUGGAGAGAGAACCCAAAAGAUUGGACCAGGGAGUGCUGAUGAAGUUGCUGACCAAUCACAGAAGGCGAACAUUAUGUUAUACCAUGUUUCAGAUGCUAAUGGCAUAAUGGAGGUGACAGAAGUAGCAACACGUCCAUUAGUUCAGGAAUCUCUAAAUCACCAGGACUGUUACAUCUUAGACCAGGGUGGGUCCAAAAUAUAUGUAUGGAAGGGAAAAGGUGCCACAAAGGCUGAGAAGCAAACUGCAAUGUCCAGAGCAUUGGAGUUUAUUAAGAUGAAAUCCUAUCCGCACAGUACUAAUGUGGAAACCGUUAAUGAUGGAGCAGAGUCCGCGAUGUUCAAACAGCUCUUCCAGAAGUGGACAGUGAAAGACCAAUCUGUGGGCAUGGGAAAGAGCUUUAAUGCCAGUAAGAUUGCUAAAGUCAGCCAGGAGAAAUUUGAUGCCUCUUUACUCCAUGCAAAGCCAGCAGUGGCCGCACAGGAGCGCAUGGUGGAUGAUGGAAGUGGCAGUUUAGAGGUGUGGAGGAUUGAGAACCUGGACUUAGCACCAGUAGAAAAGCAGUGGUACGGAUUUUUCUUCGGUGGUGACUGUUAUCUUGUACUCUACACAUACCAUGUGAACAAGAAACCACAUUAUAUACUCUACAUAUGGCAGGGUCGUCACGCAUCGCAAGACGAACUGGCAGCCUCUGCUUACUUAGCUGUUCAGCUUGACCAGGAUUUCAAUGGGGAACCAGUGCAGGUGCGAGUGUGCAUGGGGAAGGAGCCCCGACAUUUCAUGGCCAUCUUCAAAGGAAAGCUUGUCAUAUUUGAGGGUGGUACGUCCCGAAAGGGAAGCCAGGAGCCUGAGCCACCUGUGAGGCUGUUCCAGAUUCAUGGCACGGAGCCCUCAAACACCAAAGCAGUGGAAGUUCCCGCAUUCUCCUCUUCCCUCAACUCCAAUGAUGUGUUCUUGCUAAAGACACAGACAGAGCAUUUCUUGUGGUAUGGAAAGGGCUCAAGUGGAGACGAACGAGAAAUGGCCAAGCAGUUGUCAGCCAUUUUGUCUGAUGGCAGUGAGGAAACUUUGGCAGAGGGACAGGAGACUGUACAGUUUUGGGAGAUUCUGGGUGGAAAGGCACCAUACGCUAAUGACAAGAGGCUCCAGCAGGUGGUAGAUGACGUCCACCCGCGGCUGUUUGAAUGCUCUAAUAAGACUGGCCGCUUUAUUGUAACCGAAGUCACAGACUUCAACCAAGAUGACCUCGACCCUAGUGAUGUCAUGCUCUUGGACACAUGGGACCAGAUAUUCCUAUGGCUUGGAUCAGAAGCAAAUGAUGCUGAGAAGAGUGAAGCCUCAGUAACUGCCCUGGAUUACCUGAAGACUCACCCCAGCGGGCGAGAUCCAGAAACACCGAUACUCAUUAUCAAACAGGGGUUUGAGCCACCAAAUUUUACAGGAUGGUUUCUGGCAUGGGACCCACAGAAAUGGAGUGGUGGUAAGUCCUAUGAGGAACUGAAGAAAGAACUGGGUGAUGCUGCAGGAAUAAAGAGAAUUACACAGGAAGUAAAUGGAGUCGCUCUUUCCCCCAGUACUCCAACCCAAAGGAAUAGUUACCAGAUCUUACCCCUUGAUGCCUUAAAAGGAAAACAGAAAGAUGAGCUACCAGAGUGGGUGGAUCCCACGAGGAAAGAGAUUUACCUAUCAGACCAGGACUUUGUUGCUGUCUUUGGGAUGACCAGAGGAGAAUAUUCAGCUUUACCUUCAUGGAAACAACUGAACAUUAAAAAGGAGCUAGGACUAUUCUAGAACUGCCUUCCAUACAGGACAGCCUUGGAAUUGUGGGCAUUACUAAAGAUUACCUGUUGGUUUUAAAGCACAAAACCAGUACCAGAAAAACUUGCAGCAUGGCAGUGCAUUGGGUAUCCAGUUGGCUGAAAUAAAAACAUUAUAUGUUACCUUUUAUGAGCUUUAAUUAUGCUAGUCAAUAAGACAAUGCCUGAGAUGCUGCAGGUUUAGGCCUUUGGUUCGCCUCCUUUUCCCAUCAUGCUUUGCAAGCCCCUGGUAUCACCAUUUGAAGGCCAAGCAACCCAUUAGAGGCAUUCCCUUCUGCCUUAUUACAUGUAACAUACAGGGAUGUAAUUACUGUUGUUUGUGAUGUCCUGUGUUUUUUUUUAAAGGUGCAAUGAGUAAAAGCCUAUUUGCCAUGUAUUUUGUUGGAGCAAUAAUGUAAGUAGGAUUUUCUUUUGGUAAAUGCUACAAAUAUAACAGUUAUCAAAUAUUACCGCAAAAUGUACUGCAAUUUUGGGAUGCUGCUGAAAAUAUUCCAUUCAGUGAAUAAGUUGGACUUGAAUAUAUAAUAAAAUGGUAGCUGUGGCGUAGGCACCAUAGAGAUGAA